GAUAGUAAUGAUGAACAUGAGUAACUUACUUGAUCGCAGUCCAACGUCAGACUGACCGAAUCAUUUAAAGGCAAUAUCAAACGUUCAUCUCUUUUGCCCCCUGAAGAGGAAACAAAGUAUGAAAUGGAUUUAUAAUACAAUUUAAGGGUAAAGCCAUCGGGUUUUUUUGGGGGAACUUACAGUACUUUAUAGCUGCUAUGUUGACGGGGGCCAGACAUGUUACAACUUUGUCCAUAUCGUUUUGUAUAUUUGGUUCAAUAAAAGUUAACCCGUAAACGUGUCUGAGUUGCUUGACAGAUAUCUAAUACUAACGACCAGAAAAGUGGUGACUGACGUACACUGAGACUGGGGACAGGUAUCACAACCAAAUUAAUAACGAUUAAUAAGUCAUAUGUCCGACAAGGUGUCAACUAUAAAAACUUACUGAAUAAUGAUCAAUGGUUUCCAUAUCACCUAGAGACACAUACAACACUACGGUCUGAUCGACUUCCGGCCAGAGUGCCCGUCACCACGUUCCGUACAUAUGGAAGGGCUUUUUCUAAAGACAGACGCUUAGUGGGGGCAGUGGCACCGCCGCGCAUUCGAUGGCAGCGAACCAACUGCGCGGGCAGCGAUUGGUCCAUAUGCUCAGGCCGCCGGUACAUGUGUGCUGUGCCGGUGUGCGCCGGACCCGCGAGUUACGACGUCGUCCUCGUCCGUUUAUCACCGGGUAAAUAUUUAUCUCUUUGUUUACGUCACCUUCACACUGCAUCUACAGUGUGUGUGGACGGUGGCGUGUGAUGUUUGUGUGUACUGUGUACCGUGUGCGUGCGAGUUCGAUGCUGAUAACGUCAGCUGAAGUUUUUUCAAUUCUUUUUUCUCCCCGAGUAUAAUUAAUAAUUACUAUUUCAUCUCCAUAUACAUUCAUGUGUAUAAUACAUUAUUAAAAUAAUAAUAUUAUAUAUGCAAGCAAACGUGCACGCCUUUCAAUAAUAUAUUAAAUUUAUUAUAUUAUUUUAUUGUAUAAUACAUAUGUAUAUAUACACACACGCACACUCGCGUAUACAUAAAACACAUAUACACACACACACACACACACACACACACACACACACACACAUCAAUAAGAAUAUAUAAUAUUUUCCGUGUUUUAUUGUUGUUGACGUAAAUAAUAUUGAAUACGCACACACACACACACACACACACACACACACACACACACACAGCAGACACGCGUAAUGGCGCACUUAACUCUAGUCGAUUUCGACGACAGCAAUCAUGUUUUGAUUUAGAACUGUGUGGCACUAUUGCAUAGGAAAUACGUUGCAGUGCCGUGAGAUUGUUUCGUCUUUAUUCUCAAAAAAAAAAUAUAUAUAACACACUUUUUUUCCCCCCGUUACCGUUUUUAUUUUUCAUGGGCGCGUUUCAAUGUAAAUCGUGUCAGAAUGGUGAGGAUGUCACAAAUAUAUUCGGUCAACAUUCUACGGACGGUGGUGAGCGGAGACGAUUCAUUUUCGGUAGGCAUCGUGGCCGGAGUGGUUCAAUUAAACAGACCGAUUCUCUGGUGCUCCAGACGUUAAGUGUCAUCAAGAACUUGGGACUUAUCGAUAAGUAAGUCUUAAAGACCCGAUCAAUUGUAAGUAGGUACUAAUUAGUAAUUCACUUGCUAUACACAAACACAAUCAGUAAGGAAUGUACUUUGUUGUCUUGAUUAUCAUUAAACAUGUUUUUGGUUCCUUAUAAAAUGUCGUUUAAUUUUGUUUUGGUUUUUUAAUAUUUAUUUAUAUACUCCACAAAUGCUAUUCAAAUUAAAACCAUGCAAUUUGUAUAUUACCUAUUACUGUUUCUAUUUUUAGAACUACGUUUUCAAAAUAAUUUUACUAAUAAUAUAAAAGCCUAAUAUUAAUAGUAAAAUGUCUUUUUUCUUUAUUUUUAUCAGUAUACUAUUCAGUAAAAUAUAUUGAUGAAUCUAAUUAGCGAAACUAAUAUUUUUCUUUGUAUAACAUAGGUAUGUACUCUAUUUUACCAUAAAAUAACUAUUUGUAUUAUACUUUAAAUACAUAUCAGUUUAACAGUAGGUAUUUUAAAUAAAUAAAUAACUUAACUAUGCACACAUUUUUAAUUUGAAAUUGUCUAUUAUUACUUAAGUUGAAUAAAUAUUAUUAUUAUUAUGUAGGUAUCAUAUAGAAAUGUCUAAUUUCUUCUUUUAAAAUAAUAUAAUGAAUUGUAUAACUUAAUUUUGCUUAUCAAAUUAUACUGUUUCAGAUGUUAAAAACUUUACACCAAAGUACUUUUAUAGAUUUUAUCAUAAAUUAUUAUUUUCACUUUAUAAAAUUUUAAUUUAACUUUUAAAAAGUAUAUAAUACUGAGUACCUAUAAUACCUAUUGAUAAUUUCAGAGUAUAUUUUUAUUAAGAUUAUGUUUCAAGAAAAAAAAAACAAUGAAAACGGUUCAAUUGUUAUUAUAUUUUAUACCAGCAAGUAGAAUUUUUUUUUAUUUGUUUAAUCAUAAUUAAAUGACUUUUUCACGGUACUAAGUAGGUAUUAGCAGAUGUACUUACAACUGUUAUUAAUAUUUUUUAUUUUACAUUCAUUUAAUUAAGUAUCUAGUAAAUUCCUUGAUUUUCAUUCAUUAAUGUCAUUCUAAACUAAUAAAUAUUGCCUAGUUAUUUUGUAGUUAUCUUUAUCAUUUCCUUAAAAAUAUACCUACCAACUAAACUGUUUAAUAUAAUUUUAUCUAAUCAAUUCAUGUUCAUAAAUGUUUUUAUUUUCAAUUUAAACUAUUUGAAGUUUGAAAUUAUGAUACUAAACUGGGUAUAUAAAAGUAUUUUUAAGAUUGAAGAUUUAGGUAGGUAGGUACUGAGUUAUACACAAAAAACAAUUAAUAUUUUUGGUUCAAUAAUAUAGUUUUAAUAAAGUUUAAAAAAAGAAAUUGAUUUUUCAGUUCGUAUAUGUCAGUUAAAAAUAUUGAAACAUAUUUUCCAGAUUCAUUUACUCAAAAUUGGUGAUUAUACAUCACGAUAAUAUUCAUAUACACUGUGCGUAUUUGGUAUUACGGAACAAUAGAUUUAUGUUGAACCAUAGUUUUUUAAACAGUAUUACUGAAACUUGACAAAUGAAAUCUGAUGAACGUAUACAAAGAUGGAAAGAUAGGUUUAAAGCAGACAAAUAAAUAUAAAGACAAGAACAAUAAGUAAUUUUCUUUUAAAACGGGCUUUGAAAAACCUUAACCCUGCAUUAAUCGCAUAGGUUACUAUUGUAUCCCACGGUUCUUAUCUGUGUAAUAACUUUAUUGUCGUUAGUUUUUGAUAAAAUUAGUUUUAGAUACCGGUCAGCAUUACUUGCUGCUUAUUAUUGUCAUUAAUAAUUUAGUUAUUUCUCAGACGUGACUGUUUAAGCUUAAACUUGUUUCUGUGUAAAUAACUACGCGACUAACGCAGGGUUAAACUGUUUAUGGAUAGAAGUAAAAAGAAAAAACUGCAUGCAGUGAAUAAUGGGAGAAACUGCAGAAUGUGAAUGUGGAGACGUACAGGACGAUCAACACCUACAGUGCGGAAUAACCAACUCAAAAUGUGAGAGAAGUAACCUCUUUAGAGAAUCAAACAACAAGUUAAUUAAAUUAAUCUAUUAUUGAAUCUAAAAAGGGAAGUUUACAAUGCUGACUGAUAUGACAAAGAAAAACCUAUAAUAUUAUUAGCUGUCCCGCUUGUGCCAAAAUAAAUAGUUCAACAAUGAAUUAACUAUAGUAACUACUGAUAUUUAUGUGUGUGUCUCGAGACAACGAUUCCAGCACUUACACUUGUUUAUUUGUGUUUUAACUGUUUUAUAUUUCAUCUAUAUCACCGAGGUAACCAUUAAUCAACAAAAAUGAUUAGAUUUCUGUAUCAAAAUACCAAUAAUCCUGUGUUUUAGAGAAAAAACAUAGUAUUUAAGUUUAUCCUGGUCUAAAACUAUAUCUAUGCAAGUUACAGCUCAAUCAGUUUGUAAACGGUCGAAAAUAUUUUUUUUAAAACUUGAUUACAAAAUAUUGACCUUUUUUCUUUAUUUUUUAUAAAUAUAAUUAACAUCUAUUAUAUAUAGUAGAAGCCACUUAAUAGGAACAAGGAUUAUUGAUACAAUCGCAUUAUUGAAACUAAAUGUUUAUAGUACUGUCGUAGUGCAUUAUCUUAUCUGUACUAUAUUGUUACAUAUCUAAUAUAAUAUAUAAUCUUACUGAAUUCCACUUGUCCAAUUAUUUUGUCUACUUUUACUGUUCUUUAUCAUAGUUUUAGUACCUACUUAGAUCUUUACUGUUAUUUUUUUAGUUCAGUUUCAGUGUGCAUAUGUAAAGAAGUGGUUAGUGUUUCGGCUUUGAGCAACAUUAUUUUUGUGAAAGCAUGGUCAUCAAGUUACUUGACACAAAAAACAAACAUCGAUAUUUAUAUACAUAUUUUACAUAACAAAUAAAAUAAUUCAUUUUUUUUAUAGUAGAUAUAUUUUUAUUAAUUGUAAAUUUUUUUUUUCAUAGCAAAUGAAACUAAUCGCUUAUUAGAAACAAUCAGUUAAUUAACUGAAAAGUGUUCCUAAUAAGUGGCUUCUACUGUGUAUGAACCUUCUAGAAGAAAUUCACUAAAAGAAAUUGAAAUUUGUACUAAAAUCUAUUCCAUAGUUUAGAAGAACAGACAGAUGUAGGAUAGCGACUUAGUAUUAUAAUGGUUAAUCUUUUAGAGAUAUUGUUAUUGCCUGUAUGUUUUGAAUUGAGUUGUAAAACCUUAUAAAGACAUAAUAAAUUUGAAAUUUUAAUAAAUAAUCUACAAUUUUUUUUACAUUAAUUGAAAACUUCAUUUAUGUAAUAAUUUAAAUGAUACAAAUGUUUCAAGUAUUAUUAUUAUUAUUAUUAUAAUUUUCUGAAAUUUUAUUUUGUAGUGGUUCUGAAGCCCCAGAAGCCUUGCGAAAGUUACAUUGGUUAGCUGAUGAUGGUGAUGGUUGGAUUCAAGUGGUAUUGUCUAUGAUUUAUGUUAUUCCUCUUGAUGAUCCACUUAGUCCGGCAUUAAUAACUGUUAUUCUUGACGAUUGCCCUCUACCAGACAAAGUAUUUAUUUAAAAAUAAAAAAUAGAUUGUUAAUUCUAAUUUUUUUAUUUUUCAGGAAACAAUAUUAAAAUUAUCACAAAUGUUAGAUCUAUCAAAUAAAACUCCUAAGCAUAAAACAGUUGACCAACAUCGUAACAUAUGUGUAAUAUUAGGUAUUCUUGCUGAUAAAUUACCUGGACCUUCAAGUAUUGCUUUAUUAACUAAAGAUACAUUAACUUAUCUUUUCAAUAACAUGGUGGGUAAUAAUUAAUAGAUAAUUAUGUGUCUUGUUCAAAUUGUAUUUUUCUUUAAAUGUUAAUUUAAUAUUGUUUUAGGAUUUACAAGUGCAUCCAUCAAUUAUACUUUUUUCAUUAAUUGCACUUGAAAAAUUUGCACAAAUAAGUAAGUGAUACUAAUUUGUAUAUUAACCAUUUGUUAUUGAAAAAUUAUGUUUUAUUAUUUUUAUAGGAGAAAAUAGAUUUACAAUUGAAACUUUUAUGAAGACUGGACCUUUGGCUAUGCUUUCAAUAUUUGAAAGGUUGACAGGUUCUGAUCAGCCAUUAUACGCUCAAGUUGGAUUUUGUGCUGAAUGGCUACUAGAUAACAUAUGUAAUAUACUGCAGUUUUAUAUUAAUUUUAAUGAAUUUAUAAAUUUAUGUUUACUAUUUAGUUGUGGACAAUCAAAGAACAUUAUCAUAUUUUAAUGUUUCUAUGGAAGGUGUAAAUGCAAUAUUAAAUCAAGAAGAUGCAAGCGAAUAUUUAAAACUUGGUCCUUCUGGCUUAGAAGUAUGAAAAUCCUUUAAUAAUAGCCAGUGCUUGAUUUUGGGGGAGGGUAAACUUAACUUUUGAAGAAGUCUUAAGUAUACAUUUUUUAUUGCAUAUUGUUUAUUUCUUUUAUUUUCCAAUUCAAGCAUUAUAAAUAUAUAUCUACACAAAGAUCGUAUGUUUUAUAUAUUUGUAUUAAUUAGGCUAGGUGUGAUGCUUGUAGUUUUGAAAGUGUACGCUGUACAUUCCAAGUAGACAAAGGAACUUGGUACUAUGAAGUAACAAUAUUGACAUCUGGUGUAAUGCAAAUUGGUUGGUCUACUAGAAAUUCCAAAUUUUUUAACCAUGUAAAUAAAUAAACAUUAUUUGGUUAAUUUAAUUUUGUUAAUUAACUAAAUUAAAUUAAAUUUUAGGAAGGUUAUGGUAUAGGUGAUGAUGAAUUUUCAGUAGCCUAUGAUGGUUGCAGACAAUUAGUGUGGCAUGGUGCACGAUGUACAAGUUGUGUAUCUGGUAGACCUUGGCGAGAAGGUGAUACAAUUGGUUGUUUACUACGAAUCGAAACACCAUCUCCUACUGCAACUUUUUAUUUGAAUGGUCAAAUUGUAGCUUCUAAUGAUAAAAUAUUUCAAUAUGCCAAGUAAAAAUACUAAUAUUUUACUUUAUAAUAUUUGUUUAGAAAUAAAAUUCUAUGAUAAAUAGACUUGUUAAAAAGUCAAAAACAUUUAAAAUUAUUUAUUGAAUUUGAGUCUUUAGUUUUUACUCUAUUAAAUUAAACUUUAAGCUAAGAAUAAAGAGUUUAGUAAUGUUACGAACCCUGAUUCUUUAAAUUAACCAAACCAAACACAGCAUUUUAUUUAAACUUGAACUAAACAGAACUAUUCAAAUAUUUUUAUCUAAGCUAAAACAAAUUUUAAAAAUUAUUAAAAGGUUUUAUGUUUAAAAUAUAAUUCCUGAACUAUUUCGAAAAAAUAUUUAAACCAUUGACCUAAUUUUGGGACUUGUUGACUGAGAUUGGGUUUUUAUUUAAACAUAUGUGUAACAAUAGUUAUAAUGAUUGUUAAGUAUGUUGCAAUUUGUAAUAAUAUUAAAUUCCAACAUACCUAUCAACUAUUAUAUUUAUUGUUUUGCCAUCAUACCUCAGGUAAAACAAUUACCUAGUAAACAAUUAACAAUAAACUUUAAUAUUAUAAUUUAUAAUUGUAUUAAUAAGUGCAAUUUAGAUAUACACAUAAGAAUCAUAAUUAUUAUUUAAAUUUUUCCAUUUAGGUAUAUUACUUUUUCUACUGUGGUAAAGUGGUGAUAGCCUUUGCUCAUUGAAAAAAAAAAAAAAACAAAUAAACUUCAUUCAAAUUUUUGUCACUGCUCAUCAAAAGAAUUUCAGCGAUUUGAAUCUUAAACCUAACUUAUUGAGAAUGUAGUUCGGUUUUAUCAUUAACAAUUUUCAGUCAAAUACUCCAAUUUUGGUUCAAUUUUGUUUGACAAUCAACCAGUUCGUAACAUCACUAAGAAAAGUUAUAAAGUGAUACGCUGCAAGUUAUAUAAUAAUAAUUUUCGACUUACCAAUUUCAUUCUUAAAUUUAAUUAUAAUAUAAGUACUUAUAAUUUAUAAAGUUAUAACAUUCAUAUAGGUCAGGGUUUUUUGCUGCUGCUAGUUUUAUGACGUUUCAGCAAAGUCGAUUUAAUUUUGGGAAUAAACCAUUUAAAUAUCCACCAAAAGGUGUGAAGUUUAGUGUUAUGAAUAAACAUGGACUUCUAGAUGGAACAGAAAAAACUAUCUUACCAAAGUAAACAAACUAAUAAGACAAAUGUAUACAAUAGAUUUACAAUAAUAAUUUUUUAGGCGAAUGAGACUGGAAUUAUUGGGUAGGCAAACAGCUGACGAAGAUUCAUGUACAAUUUGUUUUGAUCAUAAAGCUGAUGUUAUGUUGUAUCCUUGUAAACACGAGUAUGUACUUAAGAGUUUCAAAAGUAAUUUAUAUUAUUUUAUAAUUAUCAUACAGUUAAGUUAUUCAUUGUCAAAUGAUUUGUGGGAAAAAUUGAAUAAUUUACACCUUUUUACAUUCUAAGUUAAGAGAAUAACAAUAUAGUCAAAGCAUAAACUUCUAUCCUAAACAAUACAUCAGUUAAUAUUUUCACUUAUCAGAACCCAUUCAUUGAUAAAGCACUCCAAAAUUAAAUAAAUCUAGAUAAUUUUGUGUUUAGAAUUUCCAAAACAAAUAUUUAAGUUUAAAAUAACUUAUUUUACUUCUUUUUUAGUUACACACACUGUUAGUUAUGACACCUCUCAGACUCAAAGAACACAUGCAACAACUACAGCAAUAUUCAUAUAUAUGUAUAUCAAUAUUGUUGAAUUGUUUAUAUUUUUAUCUUUAAAUAAUUGAGAUAGAGCGUUUAGGUUCAUACUCAAAAUUAAAUUAAAAAGUUAAUGUACAAAUUUCAUUUUAAACAAUCUAUAUGAAAUAAUUAAUGAAACCUUUUUUCUUGGCAAACAAAUAUAAAUUCCUAAUUUUAGACUGGUUUUUAAAUCUACAAAUAUAAUUAUCGGUAUCAAUUAACAAUAUUGUGAACUUCACAAAGGUACCCAUGAUUCAUUUAUUCAUGUAAGUCAUGUAUAUUACUUUAAAAUUAAAUGAAAAAAUUAACUUCUUUAGGCUAUUGAACAAUAGUCAAGUGUAUUGGGUCUCCCAUUGAUAAUUAUUGUCAAAGAGAUUGCAUUUAGCAACCCAAUAACCCCUCCCCUUCGAUUAGAAUGUAAAUUGUUCAAAGACCCCCUUCUCCUACUGGGAUAAUGCAAUGCAAAACUUUGAUAUUUUGAUAUUUAUAACAAUUUAAAAUCUAAAGCAGAAGUUUAAGGAAUAGUUACCAAUAUAUCAUGUUUAUUUCUCUAGUUUAAAUUAUAAAUUUAUAACUAUUGUAAAUUUUGUAUUAUUUUUCAUAAUUUUAGAAAUUUUAAUCUCCGGUAAGAGGGCCGUAGAACAAUUAUUGUGUAUUUAAAAGUGGUAAUUGCUAUUUUAAAAAGUGUUUAUUCAUUUAAGGUAUGAAAGGUAAACAACUAUUAAUAAAGGUAAAAAUGUUAGGUAAACAUUUAAAAUAGAGCUUAAAUUAUUUCAUUAUGAUUAAAACGCAGAAAUCAAAUUCAUUUUAAUCUUCCAAGAAAAUGUAUUCUAUAUAUUACAUUUAUCAAUAAUAAAUAUUAUAUAAAAUAACCAAAUGGCCUACUUUUUAUAAUAACAACAGUUAAUCAUCAUAUUAAAUAAGAUAAGUCCAUAUAUAAUGUUAAUAUUUAAUACUUAUGAUUUCCCAAUUCACCAAUAUAAUAAAUUAUUACUAAUUAUAUAUAAAGACUUAUUCAUUUAAUACAUUUACUGCCACAACCUAACCAGUAUCAUAUAGCUAACAUUUUUAAUUGGUUUAUAUUUAAACUACAUCUAAGGUUCUUGAGUUUUUAAUGAUUUGGAAAUUGGAUCAGCCGAUAACUUUUUUAUCAAUUUCGAUUGUUUAAAUAUUAUUUUAAAUAAUUUUGUUAAUAUAUACUCAAUUGCAUACAUUUUUACUGUGAUCAGUGACCAUGUGGGUACCCACCUUGUACAUAAUAUUUUAUAAUUGUAAGAGGCAGUUAUUUUUGAUUUAAAUUGUUUUCAAAAUAAUAAUUAUUUUCACUUGUUCACAGCAACAGUAUUAGUUUUAAUUAUUGUGCUAAUAAUUUUUUGUGUUUCAGAGGUUAUUGUAAACACUGUGCACAGCAACUAACAUUGUGUCCAGUUUGUCGUCAAUUAAUCGAUAGGUAUCAGGAGAGCAUUCAGCUGUAUCAACCACUCCAGUCGCUCUAGUCAGUUAAUCGUGCUGUGAUCUCUUCCAUUUUUAAACAUUGAUAUGUUAUACUACAUUUAUCUAUAUUCUAUUAUAUACAUACAUAAUCGUAUAUUAUUUUAUUGUGUAAGUCUUGAUUAAAUUUGUGUACAGAAAACUAAGUUGUAUAAAAUAAAAUAACAGUCUUUCAAAUUAUUAUUAAUAUUAUUUAAUGAAAGGUUUUCAGAAUGGAUGGCUGUAACUGGGUCUUAAUUUGGUUAACUAACUGAAGGAUUUGAAGAUACUUGAUCCAAUUGUGUUAGUAGGUGAAAAUAAUAACAAAUAAAUACAAAUGUAAUAUAUAUCUCAAAAAUAAAAUGUUAUUUAUCUGUGUAUAUUUAUAUAAUAUAUCUAUCUAUAUCAAUUAAUAACAAAAAUAAUAAAAUUUUAUAAUCAUUAAAUUUAUUUUAUGAUUGGCACAGCCAUUAUUUCAAUUAAAAAAAAAAAUGUGAUUAACUGUAAAAUUAAAAAUAUAUUAAAUGAAUCUCUUCUACAAAUAGACUAAUUGGCACUUAUGCCAAAACUUCGGUUGCCAUCAGCAAAGUAACGUACAUCUCUAUCUUCAUCUCUUCUUAACAUUGUUAGUGUGUCUGUGAGUACUUUAUGUUGAGGAUUUUGUAAGUCCAUAAAAACAGCUAUUUAUAAAACAAACAAAAUCAGUUAAACUUUUUUUAAAUAAAAAUUAUUAUUAUAUAAUUAUUUUAACUUACGGUUAUUAGAAACUUGUGUGUAAAGUGUUUUGGCAACCAUUAACCGAACAUUUGGUACACGAUCAGAUGCCAGAUUUAGUAAACAGGGCAAUAAAUCAUUACUAAAAUCGAUUGUAGAUAAACAACUAUCACCGUAGUUCAAAAUAUACGAACAUAUUUGUGCGUAUAUUUGUCUUCUACUCCAUAAGUCUGAUCGACCAAAACGUGUUACUAGCUCGUUAAGCAUCAACCUUUUUAAACUUAGAUUUUUAUUAAGUACUAAUAAUAGUUCAGGAACCUAGUAAUAUUUAAAUAAAUAAAUAUCAAGUUUAAAUAAAAUUAUGAAAACAAAAACUAGUUACCAAAGACAAAGCAGACUGACGAACUGAAGAUAUUCUAUCCAUGAGUAAUGACAGGCACACCUCAUGUAUGUGAUGAUACAUGUCAAGUGGUGUGAACAGGUGCAAAGAUUGAGCUAAUUGUUCACAGAAAUUUUGUCGAAAACGCCAGUUCCAUUCAUAAUCCGUUUUCAAAAACCGGCACAUCAUGGGUGCCAAAUCACUACGAACGCUUACUGAUAACAUCUAAUA